CAGCUAAAAAGAACCCAUUCGCGCCAUAGAAAAGAGUCGGAUUGCCAAACACCGAGCGAGCAUAGCAAGCGAUAGAUAUGGUGAAGAGGUGCGUUUUGGGUUGUUAUCCGCACAAAACCUUGUUCCCUUUUCCCAAGCUACCGUGGUUGCGAGCCCGCUGGCUCGAAUUUUUGCAUUUUGAGGAAGGAGGAAUAUCAGAGAGUUCGCGUUUGUGUGCGAAGCAUUUUGCCCGAGAAUGCUUCACAAAUUUACAGCAGUAUGAAAUGGGCUUCGCUGACUUUCUUAGUUUGAUAGACAUGGCUGUCCCGACGAUAUACACCGUUGGUUCGGCACCGACUGUGAAGCCAAUGACACGAGAGGUAGGCUGCCAAUGUAAUGCUCCAGUUCUGAAGAGUGUGGCGGUCCAAGCAGUGCGCACCCAAAAAAAGCCAAAACGGAGAAGUAAAGCCAUUCAGGUGAGACCUCUUGUGAGUCACUGUGCUAGUGUGUCCUGCUCCGAUGAGGAUUUUCCCGUCAAAUCUGAAUCUUCAUUCACAUUAACACCAAUUAAAAGACCACGCAUGGAGGAUUCCCCAGAGGGGUCGCCAUACAGCUCAGAAGAACCAACAGAUGACACCCGCAUACCUAAUAUAAUUAAAGAAGAUGACAUAAAGCUUGAGCCCUGUGAGUCUUCGUAUAUCGUCGUCACCAUCUGAAUCCUCCAUUUCAUCAUCUGCAGAGAACAGAAUCUGACCAGCACAGGAGGAAGAGAGCAAAGAGAAAAAGACUGUGUUCAACUAAUCUUUUUUUUAAACAAAGAUGAUACUGACACUUCUAAAAAGUGUAAUACACCUUGCAAAACUUUAAGUAGGCAUUCUCCAUUCCAUUUUGUCUGAACUGCUCAUGCCUUUGUCAGUGAGAAAGACUUGACUCUUCUGUAGUUACAUUGUGUAAUAAGACCAACGGGAAAUGAACUAUACUCUCAUUCCGGGUUAAUAAUCAAGGAACUUUGCUGAUGUACCAUGGGUCCAACAGGCGCAAUGAUAUUAUGCAGUGCCUGAAAAUAGUCCCCAGCCUGGUAACCAUGGUUCAGCAGCAAAGUUCCUUGAUUAUUAAGCCGGAAUGAGAGUAUGGUUCAUUUCCCGUUGGUCUUAUUACACAAUGUAACUACAGAAGAGUCAAGUUUUAAAUAGGAAAAAUACUGAAACCCUUUGGUCAUUUUUGAGUGAGAUGCUAAUGGUCUAAUCAGAUUCAACGAUCUAUGCUGAGCUGCAGCUUAAGUGCUACCGCCAGACCCGGAGAUCAGAUGAAUGGAUUAGAAAAUGGUAAAACUCAACUGUUUAACUAGGGGAGUUGGAAAAUGAGCAUAUUUUCAAAAUAGGGUUAGAAUGCUGCUUCUUUAGAUUGUAAACUCACUGUGACUUAUCAUUGUUACACAUACUUCCAGUCUGAAGUGUUGGGAAAGGAGCUGUCAUGCACCUGUAAUGGUAAUGCAGAUGUACUGAGAAAAAAAAAAAAGAGGAUGUCCCAUCUAGGACUUGGGUAGAGGGAUGAUUUUGAAUAUAACACUGUAGGUCAAGAGAAAGCCUAAAAUAUGAAUUCUGUCAUGUUUAGUGGUUGUUUAAGGGGCAGCUAAAGUGUGUUGCCAAAUCAAGUCUAUGUCUAGAUUCAGAUCUCCAAUGUUUAGACUCUGUUGAUUGUUUUGAUAGUGUUUCAUACAUUCAAUGAACUAUUAAAUGUUAUUUAUGAUA